UGCGUGUGCAUUUUUGCGCGACUGUGUGGGGUUUGUGCGCGUGCACGAGUAUUCGCGGCUCAAAAGAUUAAUAUCCAAGUGACGUAUCCGACUGCAAGUGAGAUGAGGGAAUGCGAUCAAGUGGAAAGUUAAGAGUGAUUUGACGAGGGCAUCGUCGUUUAAUAAGUCAACAAGAUCAUGUCCUUUUUUUUGUGCAACCGGCUGCUGAAAAAUUUAUAUUGUAAAAAGAAUCUGCAGAUCACGACGUUAUUCCAUCUUCCUUGUACUUGUGCCUGCCUUAAGCGAUCCAUUGUUUGUACCAGAACUACAACUCUGCUAGUUUUUUCCAAGCAUGAUAGUUCUUUCGGAUCCAAGAAAUGUAGUGGAAGCGUUAUUGAUCGAGCCCAACAGAGAAAAAGCAUAUCUCAGACAAAAGUGGUUGUUACGCCAACUAAACAAAACUUUGUAGUUGCAAGUAUCACUGGAGCAAAACCUUCUCAGCAAAAACGAAACUGCUUUCAUCCUGGCAUAUCUAACUUGGGCCAAAAUGUAUUGACUUUCAAUGUUGGAGCAAAAAUCACUGGAAACGACAUGCUCAAUGCUAUGUUCAACUUCAUAUGGCCAAAGGAUGAGCCUGAAAUUAGAAAAAGAGUAAAAAUAGCUCUUGGGCUGCUGAUUGGAGCUAAGAUACUCAAUGUUUGCGUACCGUUUCUUUUCAAACAUGCAGUCGAUACAUUUAAUGCAGGGACAAUUGCAUUAACCACCGCUCCUGAAACUGUUGCAACUGUUGGGACUAGUUUGCUCAUUGGAUACGGUAUUGCUCGAUGUGGAGCGACUGGAUUUAACGAACUCCGUAAUGCAGUUUUUGCUAAAGUUGCCCAACAUUCGAUUCGAAAAAUAGCUAAAAAUGUGUUUCUUCAUCUUCACAAUUUAGACUUAUCGUUUCAUUUAAGUAAACAAACGGGCGCUUUAUCCAAAACAAUCGACAGAGGCAGUCGUGGUAUAAAUUUUGUAUUAUCAGCCAUGGUUUUUAAUAUUGUACCGACCGUUUUUGAGUUAGCACUCGUCAGCACCAUAUUGGGUUUUAAAUGUGGCCCUGAGUAUGCGGGUGUGGCACUUGGUUGUGUAACUACCUAUGCCAUUUUCACGCUUGCAGUUACACAAUGGAGAACGAAAUUUCGAAUUUACAUGAAUAAAGCAGAAAACGAAGCCGGUAAUAAGGCAGUAGAUUCACUUAUUAAUUACGAAACAGUAAAGUAUUUUAAUAAUGAAAUAUUUGAAGCGGAGAAAUAUGACUCGUCUCUCAAGAAAUAUGAAUCCGCCUCUUUAAAAACGAGUACGAGCUUGGCUCUAUUAAAUUUUGGACAACAUGCAAUUUUUAGCGGAGCUUUAAGUUUAAUUAUGGUCCUGGCCGCAAGAGAUAUUGUCAAUGGAAAUUUAACGGUAGGAGAUUUAGUAAUGGUCAAUGGAUUAUUGUUUCAGUUAUCGAUUCCUCUGGGAUUUUUAGGAUCAGUGUAUAGAGAAGUGAGACAAGCUUUUAUUGAUAUGCAAACUAUGUUUUCCAUAACAAUGAUGGAUCCAGCUAUUAAAAAUAAGCCGAAUGCUCUACCUUUUUUCAUUGUGCCAAAGAGUUCUGAAAUAACUUUUGACAAAGUGAAUUUUCAGUACGUAAACGGAAAAAAUAUAAUCAGUGAUUUGUCCUUCACCAUUCCAACGGGAAAGAAAGUGGCGAUCGUAGGGGGAUCUGGAUCCGGAAAAACGACAUUGGUAAGAUUAUUGUACAGAUUCUUCGAUCCUAUAAGCGGCAGGAUCCUAAUAGAUGGCAAAAACAUUCAAGAUGUAAAUAUAGAUGACCUUCGUCGAGCGAUGGCCAUUGUACCUCAAGAUUCCGUUCUUUUCCACGAAUCGAUAUUCUACAAUCUUCAUUACGGUAACUUAUCCAGAUCAAAAGAAGACGUGUACAAAGCCGCUGAAAUGGCAAAUUUACACGAUGCUAUACUAAAGUGGCCACAGGGAUACGAUACUCCCGUUGGUGAACGAGGAUUAAAAUUAAGCGGAGGCGAAAAGCAGCGAGUUGCCAUAGCUCGAGCAAUUUUAAAGGACAGCCCUAUUCUAAUAUUCGACGAGGCCACUUCAUCCUUGGAUUCUAUUACCGAGAAGCAUAUACUCGAGGCAUUACGUAGAGCGACUGCCGGGAGAACAUCGAUCGUGAUCGCUCAUCGCUUAUCAACUGUUAUCGACGCGGAUGAAAUUUUCGUUUUGAACGGCGGCAAAUUAGUGGAGCGGGGGAAGCACUCAAAUUUACUUAAUAGAGAAAAUUCAUAUUACAGCGAAUUGUGGGAUGCUCAACAUUUGGGGGUGAGUAGCGAAGAGCAAAAGUUAGGGGCGUGAAAAAAACCUAUCUGUAUACAGUUCUGUAAUAUAUGUAUAAUUAUUGGAUUUUUAGAAGCUAUUUAAAAAUUAUUUUAUAUCUAUGAUACA